UUUGGAUCUGAGGCUCCUUCGUCGCCUUCUCCGAAACCCUAGAAUUUUUUUUACCCAUUUUCAAAGCAGAUUUAGCGCGCAGCAAUCUGUGUCUUGGAUUCUUUUCCCACUAAGGCCAAAGAUCGAAACCCUAAUCUAUAGACCCUCACGGACUUUGUUCGAGCGAAGCUAGGGUUUGAGAGUUAAUUUCUAGAUCUCAAACCCGCACUGGGUCUCGCCGUUUGAUUGACCAAUAAAAAGGAUGUCUCGGUGUUUUCCGUACCCUCCUCCUGGGUACGUGAAGAAUGGGAUCCGCGAUGAGGCCCUGAUCGAUUCGAUUAAGAUCCAAAGGGAAGAAGAGAAGGCCAGAAAAGAAAGGAAGAAAGAGAAAAAGCGGGAGAAGAAAGAGAAGGAGAAGGCUCGGGAGAAGGCCCGAGAAACUGGAAAAAUUGAUAAUAAGAAGCACAAACACAAGAAAAGGCACAGGGAGGAAAGGAGCCAAGAAGAUCAGAAAGGAGGGGACCCUCACAAGAGAAGAAAAUAUGAAACAGAAAAUCUGGAGAAGAGUAGCCUUACUGAAGAACAUGGUCACCCGGUUGGUUCCCAGAACUCAUCUGAUAGCACCUUGAACAGCAACAAAAGGCAGAAGCAGAGCUUGUCCUCUAAUGACAAGCAUAAUUCUGGAAGCGUUUUCCGGAUCCGCUUGCCUCUGCAAAGGCACAAAGAUCCUGAAGUGUUACCCAGCAAGGAACAGCCUUGCUCUUCCUCGGGAAGGACUGAGGCUGCCUUUGCUCAAGGGGUGUAUGAAUCUGAUCCUAGACCUGGCAGAGACCCGGGAGAACAUUGCUGUUCUACUUCUGGAAAUGUGGGCCAACAACUCACUUUCAAGCUCAGCAAGGAGCCCUUCCCUUCCUCCCAAGCGCUCAGCAAAGAGCCCCUCCCUUCCUCCCAAGCGCUCAGCAAAGAGCCCUUCCCUUCCUCCCAAGCAUCCAAAAUAUCUGCUCACAAGGCUGAACCAGCCGCACUACCAAUUGCAUCUGGCAGUGGAUCUUCCUCGUUACCAUCUCCCCUUCGAGACCUAAUACAGAAUUGGGUUUCACCUCCUAUUCAAAGCGAAUGUUUUGAAUCUGAUGAUCUGGAAUGGCUGUUCGAGUCAAAGCAGAAUGGCAACCAAGCAGUUGAAAGAAACAAAGUUGGCACUGAUGGCUUGUAUGUUCAAAACUCAACACCUUGGCCACGUGCUAGCUAUUUGCCAGAGGCUGAUAUAUACGCAUUACCAUUCACAGUGCCGUUCUGAACUGUCUGAAAUGUUUCUGGAAUGAUUGGCUAAUGAGGAGAGGAGAGGAGCUGAUGAGGGAGAUUCCCAUUUCCUGCUUGUUUAAUUCUUCUCGGUGCUGCAAGUGUGAAGAGGUUGUUUCCAGCAUUUCAACUGUUCCCUGCUUUUAAGAGUCUGGAGCAACUCUAGCUGUACUGGGUGGGAUCAAAUUUUGUGCGAGAUAUAUUAGUUACAGAAAGAAACAUGGGUAGAGUUUGUCGAAUGGAAUUAUUCUUUUUGUAGGGAGAUAGUAUAUCAAUGUGCACCACAGGUUCAAUUCUUUCAAUCAGUAAUACUACUAAUAUAUAGUGAUCCAAUUUUCAUU